UAAUCUAUUUUGACAGAUGUAAAUUGUUAUUAAUUUAUUAUAUAGAAUUUUUCAACUUUUUCCAUAAAAUAUCAUCGAAAUGAAGCAAAAGGUGACUAUUACCGUAUUAAUAAGCUAUUCACUGGAAGCAUAGGGUCAGAAUUCUGAAACUAUGGAAAAUAAUUUAUACUAUGAAAGUGCAUGCAAAUCCUUGCUGAAACAACAAGAUAGCAAGAGACUUUUUCAAAUAUUAGUCGUUAUUCGUAAAGGGCUGAAUGAUAAGCAUUUAUGUGAGGAACGAAUUAAGCAAUUAACCGAUUUAGGUUGUACCAGAAGCAUCACUUUAUGUCUCCAACAGGAGAGUGUAGCAAUUUUAGAUGUAACUUUGAGCUUGAUUGGGAAUGCUUGUAUUAAUUAUCAUUUCUGCCUUGAAUUGUUAAAAUAUGGAAUCUUACAUACAUUAAAUAGGCUUUUAGAAAGGUGCCAAAAAGAUAGUAUUCAAGGAAGAACUUUUCGUAUUAUUGGCAAUUUAUGCGACCAUUCAUGUUCUUAUGCUAUGAUGAUAAAAGAGCAAGAUUUAGUACCAAAAAUAGUAAAAUAUAUCAUAAAGUGUUCUGAGUUUGAAAGCGAAAAUACUGAUAAUUUAUUUUUUAUUAGUGAAGGAAGUUUAAUUAUGGCUAUAAGGGCUUUGAGAAAGCUCUUAAAACGUUCAACAUUAAGACUUUUAGUAGAAAAAUAUAAUGUUUUAAACGCAAUAGGUCUCUUAUUAAUAAAAUAUAAAAAGCUUUGGGUAGAAAAUAAUGAAAAUAAAAUAAUAGUAGAUGAUAUUCUACGACUUUUAUAUGCAUAUUCGAGAUUUUCUUAUUCAGGAAUGCUUGUUUCAAUUAUAUCGACAGAAAAAGGCAACGCAUUGUAUGCUUUGGUAGAUUUCUUUGAUUUCCAACCGUUUAGAGUAAUAAAAAUUAUUAUGAAUUGUACUAGAGGUAUAACUUUGAGAACAGAGCUUCCAAUCCAAGAGAUUUUUCAACAUUUAUUAGAACGUGUUGAGAAAAAACAUGACACGCAAACACGAAAGCAAUAUCUAAGUUUCUUGAAUAUGUUAUUAGAACAACCGGCAUAUCGACAAUACGUUAAUUCGUUAGAAUGUUCAAAACUUCUUGUUGAUGUUCUAAAAAGUUUGCAAACCAAGGAUAACUCCUCGAUUCAAUGUUCAACUUUAGUGUUAUCAAUAUUUAAGAAAUGUAUUAAUGAUGAAAUAGCAGUUAAAAACCAAAUCAUGGCGGGUGCAGUGGGCGUCUUAAUUGAAAAAUUAGAAUGGUGUGGGAAAUCUUCGAAAGAAAUCCUAGCUGUUGAGCAUGGAAAGAAGAAACGGAUGCGACCAUAUAGUGAAGAAAAAAGUAAAAAAUAUAAAAUUUCAGAAAGUUAUUUUAGUAAUCUUAGUAAUAAUCUCGAACGAUGUUUGAGGAAUAACUUGGAUAAUAAUCGAUGUACAAGCCCAAGUGAAUUGAGUGAUAUUUCAUCAGAUGGACCAAACUCACCAAGCUGUUCUGCAAUUCGAGAAGAUAUAUGUGAUUCAGAUAAUUAUUCUCCUGUAUGUAGCGAUACAGAAGAUAUAGAAGUUCAAAGUUUGAGAUCACUGGAAGCAAGUGGAAUAUACGAUUCAGCAUCUGAAGAAGAAACUCCUCCCAUCUCAAGAACGUUAACCGAAUUAAUCAACGAAAUUAACACCUUAAUUUGUGGUUAUUCAAGAACUAAGCCGGUCCCUACAGAAAUAUACAACCCAAAAUUAAUAAUAAUCCUUAUUAAUUUAUGGAUUGGUUCAGAAAAAUUACAUCCAUCUCCAUCUUUAGUUUUAGAAACACUAUUAAAGCAUCAAGAUUUUCUGAUUCCUUUGAUUGAAACGGAUUUAAUUUCUAACAUUUAUAGUAAGACAACAACAAUACAUAGUACAUUAACAUGUACGAUUUGUAAUCAUUUAUCAAUGGUAGCUGAAAAUAUUUUGCGUUAUUUAAAAGUUUUAGCGGUUUCCGAAUUAGGAAAAUGCAAAAUUACGCGUAUUUUAAUCAUAUCAGAUUCCGAAUUAAAAUUAAAGGUUGCCAUCUGCGCUUCGUACUUGAUAAAUUCAAAGAGUUUAUUAAGAAAUUUAAUGAUGUACUGCGAUGGUUUAAAAACGAUAAUGAGCGCUGUGAAUAAGACUGACGUAACGCAAGGGAUUAUUACAAGUUUGCAUCUUUUAGCUACAUCUUAUAUUCCAUACAUACGUAAAAUUCCUAAAGGCAAUCUCAAUUUGAAAUAUGUUCAAGUAUUAAAACCCGAUGAUUAUUCCAUGAAAACCGAUGAUAUCGAACCGGAAGAUUUAACGCUUUUUGAAUUUGAAGAUAGCGAAGAAUUAGUUCCAGCUGAUCGGAAAUUUUUAAGCACGCAAAGUGAUUAUUUUCAAGGAUUACUUUAUGGAAAUUUCAAGGAAUCGAUUGAACGCAAAGUAAACAUGGUUGGAACUAAAUCAGCGGCAUUUAAAGGUUUAUUACUUCUUUUACGUUUUAAACGUGAUGAAAUCUACGUGAAAUUGGAUUUAGAAAUAAUGUUGGAGUUAUUGGAAAUGACUGAUCGGUUUUUAUUACCAGAUUUACACGUGUAUUUAACUGAGUGCGUUGAGUAUAUUUAUAUGAACCAAGAAUCAAUGCCGAUUAUUUACCAAUGGUCUGUUGAAUCGAGAACGAAUAUUUUGAGAGUCGAAUGCGUGGUGUUUGCGCUUACUUAUAAAAUGAUGGAUUUCGAACGUUUUAAUAUUUUUCGGAACUUAAUCGAGUUAAAUUAUAAUGAACAAUUAGUUGAUGAUAUAUCUAAGCUAUUAUCUAGGUUUAUGGCGUGAAUCGCAUUUAUAAUAUCAUCUUUGUACAUAUUGAUGGAAUUAUUUGAGGAUUAUGAUUAAUAAAUAAGAUUAAAAUGUU